GCAAUUUUGAAAUUAUUCUAGCAAAAGAACUCUGAAAAUAGCCAGAUCUAGCCUUAAAAUAGCUAAGUUGGCAACAGUGAACUGCACACGUUUUCAUCUGUGGCGCAUACGAGUGAGUUUUUGUUUUUCAUUUAAUUAUAAAUUGAAAUAUUGCAUCAGUUUGGCAAAGAACAAUUACUUAAACGGUGUCGCAUAUUACGAUAGCUUUAUUGUAGACAACAGCAAGCAUGCCGGAAGAAGAACAAACAAGCAGCGCAGAGACGCCAACCGGUGACGGUGGUCCACCAAAGACGGCUAAACAAUUGGAAAAGGAGGCUAAAAAAGCUGAGAAAUUAGCCAAAUUGCAGGCGAAAUUGGACAAGAAGGCAGCAGCAGUACCAGCGGCAGCCGAGAAAAAGGAGAAACCCGAGAAACGAACCAAGGAGACGAAAGAGUCUGCAAUUUACACGGCCAACACAGCUCCUGGCGAUAAGAAGGACAUCAGUGGAGCUCUGCCGGAUGCGUACAGUCCACGCUUUGUGGAGGCUCAGUGGUAUAGCUGGUGGGAGAAGCAGGGAUUCUUUAAACCUGAAUAUGGGCGUGAUUCGAUUUCAACACCCAAUCCGAAUGGAAACUUCAUUAUGGUCAUUCCUCCACCGAAUGUGACGGGUUCACUGCAUUUGGGACACGCACUGACCAAUGCUAUCGAGGAUGCCAUCACGCGUUACCAGCGCAUGAAGGGACGCACCACUCUGUGGGUGCCUGGAUGUGAUCAUGCCGGCAUUGCCACCCAGGUGGUGGUGGAGAAGCUGCUCUGGCGCGAGGAAGGCUUGUCACGUCACGAUCUUGGCCGUGAGAAGUUCAUUGAACGCAUCUGGAAUUGGCGACGCGAGAAAGGCGGUCGUAUCUAUGAUCAGCUGAAGGCUCUGGGUUCGUCUUACGAUUGGUCACGUGUGGCCUUCACCAUGGAUCCCAAACUGUGCCGUGCCGUCACCGAGGCCUUUGUGCGUCUGCAUGAAGAGGGCAGCAUCUAUCGCAGCUCACGUUUGGUCAACUGGUCGUGCACUCUGCGCUCCGCCAUUUCGGACAUUGAAGUGGACAAAGUGGUGCUGCCGGGACGCACCUUCCUGGCCAUACCCGGCUACAAGGACAAGGUGGAAUUCGGCGUGAUUAUCAAGUUUGCCUACAAAGUGGAAGACAGCGACGAAGAGAUCAUUGUAGCUACCACACGUGUUGAGACCAUGCUGGGAGACACAGCUGUGGCCGUCCAUCCCCAGGAUGAACGCUAUAAGCAUCUGCAUGGCAAGCAUGUGGUGCAUCCCUUCUGUGAUCGCCGCCUGCCCAUUGUGUGCGAUGAGUUUGUGGACAUUAAUUUUGGUACUGGCGCCGUUAAGAUUACGCCCGCUCAUGAUGCCAAUGAUUACGAAGUGGGCAAACGCUGCAAUCUGCCCUUCAUCACUAUCUUCAAUGACGAUGGAUUCGUCAUUGGCGACUAUGGGGAGUUUACUGGUCUUAAACGUUUCGACUGCCGCAAACAGAUCCUGGAGAAACUUAAACAGCUUGGACUCUACCGCGAGACACUCGAUCAUGAGAUGGUGGUGCCCAUUUGCAGUCGCUCCAAGGAUGUGGUUGAACCGCUCAUCAAGCCCCAGUGGUAUGUCAGUUGCUCGGACAUGGCUGCUGCCGCCACGGAUGCUGUGCGUUCUGGCGAGCUAAAGAUUUUGCCGGAGCAUCACACAAAGACCUGGUACCAUUGGAUGGAGGGCAUACGCGACUGGUGUGUCUCCCGCCAGCUCUGGUGGGGUCAUCGCAUACCCGCUUACCAUGUCAGCUUCAAGGAUGCAAGCGUCCAGGCAGGCACGCCUGAUGAUGAGAAGUAUUGGAUUGUGGCGCGCAGUGAAGAGGAAGCGCUCAGCAAGGCCGCUGCACGCUUUAAAGUGGAUGCCAGCCAGAUUGUAUUGCAGCAGGAUGAGGAUGUGCUAGACACUUGGUUCAGCUCUGGGCUGUUCCCCUUCUCCGUGUUCGGCUGGCCGGACAACACCGCCGACAUGCAGGCAUUCUAUCCGACCUCGUUGCUGGAGACGGGACACGAUAUUCUUUUCUUUUGGGUGGCACGCAUGGUAUUCUUUGGCCAGAAGCUAUUGGGCAAACUGCCCUUCAAGGAGGUCUAUUUACAUCCGAUGGUGCGCGAUGCCCAUGGACGUAAGAUGUCCAAAUCUUUGGGCAAUGUCAUCGAUCCCAUGGACGUCAUACAUGGAAUCACUUUGGAAGGUCUGCACGAGCAGCUCAUUGGUUCCAAUCUUGAUCCACGUGAGAUUGAGAAAGCCAAAUUGGGCCAGAAGCAAGAUUACCCAACGGGCAUACCCGAAUGUGGUUCGGAUGCGCUACGCUUUGCCCUCUGCGCCUACAUUACCCAAGCGCGUGACAUCAAUCUGGACAUCAAUCGCGUCCAGGGCUAUCGUUUCUUCUGCAACAAACUGUGGAAUGCCACCAAAUUCGCACUGCUCUAUUUCACCGGCAAUGAGCUCUACAAUACACAGCUGACGCUUAAUGAUCAGUCGAAUCCGAUGGACGCCUGGAUCCUCUCUCGAUUGGCGUAUGCCAUUGAAGUCUGCAAUUCGGGCUUUGAUUCUUACGAGUUUGCGGAUGUGACCAGUGCUUGUUAUGCCUUCUGGCUGUACGACUUGUGCGAUGUGUACUUGGAGUGCCUGAAGCCAAUUUUCCAAAGCGGCAGUGCUGAGCAGCAGGCAGCAGCCAGACGUACACUCUAUGUUUGCUUGGACUUUGGAUUGCGUCUGCUCCAUCCCUUCAUGCCCUUCAUUACUGAGGAGCUGUAUCAGCGAUUGCCUCGCGCCGAUUCCACGCCCAGCAUAUGCGUAUCCAGUUAUCCAAGCAAAACUUCUUGGCGCAGCAAACAAAUCGAGGCUGAUGUGGAAUUUGUGCAGAAAGCAGCGCGUGUCAUUCGCUCGGCGCGUUCGGAUUACAAUUUGCCGAAUAAGACCAAGACGGAGGCUUACAUUGUGUGCACCGAUGAUGCGCCCAAUGCAAUACUCAAGCGAUAUGCCAGCGACUUGUCCACCAUCGCCUACUGUUCCACUGUGACCUUUGACAGCGCACCGCCAGCUGGUUGCGCCAUUCUCACAGUGUCCGGUCAGUGUGAGGUGCAUCUGCUGCUCAAGGGACUCAUCGAGGCAGACAAGGAGAUUGCCAAGCUGCACAAGAAACGCGAUCAACUGGAACAGAGUGUCAGCAAGCUAACCCAAGCCAAGCAAGCAUCCGAUUAUGCCACCAAGGUGCCAGCCGAGGUGCAAACAGCCAAUGAGACAAAACUCACGGAAUCCCGUACGGAAAUCGAACGCAUUACUGCGGCUAUUGAGACCCUGAAACUAAUGUGAACCCAGAAGAGUCCUUAAGCUGGACAGAAUCUACAUCAUUAUCUUGAUAUUGUCUAAAGUGCUUGACUAAAGUCGCUACAAGAAAAAAAAAACAAUGGAUAAACAAGCUAAAAUGCAUUUUGCUUUAAAGUUUUAAGUUGAAAACAAUAGCUACAAUUUAUAAAAUAUGUGCUAAUUUAUUAAAUAUUACGGAUGAACUUAUUAAAAUGCCUAUGAAUGAAACGGAAA